AUGUGGGGCGAGCUGAUCCCGGCUGAGGAGAUGGCGCCGGUGCUGCCCCAGGCCGUUCUCGCGAUCGAGGACCGGCGCUUCUUCACCCACGGCGGGGUCGACGCCUUCGGCGUGAUCCGCGCAGCGUGGCAGAACGCCGUCGAGGGCCGCGUGGUCGCCGGCGGCAGCACGAUCUCGCAACAGGUGGCGAAGCUCGUGUUCCUCUCGCCCGAGCGCAGCGUCAAGCGCAAGAUCCAGGAGGCGAUGCUCGCCUUCUGGCUGGAGCGGGAGUUCACCAAGCAAGAAAUUCUGACGAUUUACCUCAACCGCGCCUACUUCGGCGCCGGUGCCUACGGCGUCGACGCGGCGGCGCGGCGCUACUUCGGCCGCUCGGCGCGCGAUCUCGAUGUGGCGCAAGCCGCCAUGAUCGCAGGCCUACUCAAGGCGCCGUCGCGCUACAGCCCCGCCAACGACCUCAAGCUCGCCCGGCAGCGCGCCGGUCUCGUCGUCGAUGCGAUGGUGGAUGCGGGCUUCCUCACGGAUGCCGAAGGUACGGCAGCCAAGGCGCGCGCGCGAACUCUCUCCGUCGCCCCGCGCAGCGGACCUCCCGCCGGCUAUUUCGUCGAUUGGGUGCGCGAGCAGGCGCCGAGCUACGUCGGGCGCGACCACGGGGCGCUCCGCGUGUUCACGUCUCUCGAUCCUGCGCGUCAGAGGGCGGCGCAGGCGGCGCUCACCGAAGCCCUCGCCGCCCAAGGCAAGAGCCGCAAGAUCGGGCAGGGCGCCCUCGUCGCGCUGGAUGAGAACGGGCGCCGUGCGCGCCAUGGUCGGCGGGCGCGACUAUUCCAAGAGCGUGUUCAACCGGGCGACGCAGGCGAGGCGGCAGCCAGGCUCGGCCUUCAAGACGGUGGUCUAUCUCGCCGCCAUCGAGGCGGGGCUUCAGCCUGA